AUGUCAUUCAACCGAGCGAAAUCGUCGGCGGUAGACGAUUGCUGUCACUUUACGACGAGUGUGUCGGCCCACCGGCCAUACGGAGAUAUUCCGACUGCAAUUUUGGGAAAGGGUCGUAUCCCGUUGUACCCAGUCGUCACCACCGGGGCACAGCAGACGCUAUAG